AUGACGAACCUAAGGACUUCCAGGCCUCCGUCUGAUUUUCCUGAGACACUUCAGAUGCAAGACGCUCGGUCCGCAACCGUACCAGUUGUUGUGCUGGGUGCAACGAUAGGGGGUCUGGCAGCUGCAGUGGCUAUUCGCUCUCGCACAGGGCGUGCGGUAUGUGUGCUGGACGUGCAAGGGGAGGAAGUGAAACAAGGCGAAAAAAUAGAAUCAGACACUGUAUGCGCUUUAUCUGUACGGUGCAUGGAUGCACUGCGUGCCAUAAACUCGGACCUGUACCGAUCAGUGAUGAGCAAUACAGAAGUAUCAAACUCUUUUCCGGCCGCUGCCUGUAGCAUGAAGAUGGACGGCCCGAUGCACAUCAGUUGCAGCACCUUGAGGCAAAUACUCGCUGCGCACCUGACCACUGGCCACGGUGGCUCCUCUUUCUUCUGGCGCAGCUGCUCGGUCCAGCAUGUAUCUGUAGUGGGUAAACAGGAGAAAGCCGACGGCGAAUCUGGUGGCCUUGUCUCUCUUUCUUUUGAGAAUGGUGUCGUUAUUGAGGCAGGUUUGGUAGUGGUGGCGACAGAUUCCGUUUCCGUGUCGGAUCUGCUUGACAAUCACCCACUGCAGGCCCACAGAAAUUCUUUUUCUACCGAUUGUGGGGGGCAACAGGGGGAGUGGAGGCUGUCUUGCGGUAGCAGGAGACCCAGCGAUCUCGAGGUUGCUCUUCUAACAGAAGCUGAGCGCCGUGUCAUGUCUGUAGUUGCAUCAGCUACCCCUUCCACGAUAACUGGAGGAGAGUCACCGGCAACAGACGUGUCUCCCCUUAUGGAGGGCAAGAACGAAACACUGUGCGAGGAAACUUUAUCUUCUCGAAGUGCCGUGUCUGUCUCCUCGUUUUCUAACGGGUCGCGGAAAGGUUCCGUUUUGUUUCUAAAUUGCCUCAAAUUGAGAGAGGCUGAUGCUUCUUGGACUUUCAUGGAUGGUCGAAUUGUACUUACAGCUGCGGCGGCGCAUCCUUGGGCCUCUUCUCUGGCCGAUGGACUUGAGCUUGAUCUAGAAGAUGCCGCUCAACUAGGCUGCAGUUUGUUCGACUGGAAAUUUCAACUCCGAGAAUCCUCAGACCGUUUUGAGGCCAUCAGGCAAAGGCGUCUCGCCACCGUUAUCACCAGCCCAAGAGUUGCGAGAAGCUGGAUAUCUGAUUUCCCUGAAAUCCCAUGUGGAACUUCAACGGUCACUAGCCACGCAGACUAUUCUUCCCUUGAUGAAGAACAGACUUUCUUGCCUACCCGCGACGCCUAUGCCGAGCUUUUACCCGUUGGGGGCAUCGCUUAUGAGGUGCAAGAGGCCAAGGUUUACUGA